AUGUCAGAAGUUUCAACAGUUCAUUUAUUGAAUCAAAGUGCAGGAUAUGGGAUUUUAGUUGGUUGUGGUGUUGCAUUUGCAGCUGGUAUGAUGUUAGUUACUUAUUUAUUGAAAAGAUAUUUAAAUGAAGAUAAUAAUUCAACUGAAAGUUUUGCAGUUGCUAAUAGAUCAGUUGGUACUUUUUUAACAGCUUCUGCUGUGUACAGUUCAUGGAGGAAAUUACUAACAUCUAAUAGUUGGGCUACAGAGCUUUUGUGGUGUAGUACUAUGGUUUAUUCAUAUGGUAUUCAAGCUUCUUAUUUUUAUGCAGCAGGUCUUGCAGUACAAAUUGCAGUUAUGUCAAUGAUUGGUGCUAAUUCCAAAAAGAAAGUUCCACAAGCGCAUACAGCUUUUGAAAUUAUUGAAUUAAGAUAUGGGAAAGCAACUCAUAUUUUAUAUAUCUUUUUAGGUUUAACAAAUAAUUUAUUAUCUUGUUCAAGUAUGAUUUUAGGUGCUUCUGGAGCUAUUUCAAUAAUUGCUGGUAAUUUACAUAUUGUUGCUUCAACUAUUUUAACAAUUUUUUCAGUUUUAUGUUAUUCAAUGUAUGGAGGUUUAAAAGCUACUUUUUUAACUGAUUUUGUACAUACUUUAAUUUUAUUAAUUGUUUUAUGUUAUUUAAAUACUGCUGUUUUAUCAAAUGUUGGAGGAUUAGAUGCAUUAUAUGAUGGAUUAUUAAAUUUUACAGGUACAAAAGAAAUUCCAGGUAAUUAUGAUAAUAGUGUUUUAACAGGUAAAUCUCAAGGUGCUAUUAUAUUUGGAUUAAUUUUAACUUUUGGUAAUUUUGGUCUUUCAGUUAUGGAUAGUUCAUUUUGGCAAAAAACAUUUUCAGCUACUCCAAGAGCAACUGUACCAGCUUAUUUAACUGCUGCUGUAUUAAUUGUUUCAAAUGUAUGGCCAUUAGGUGCUAUUCUUGGUGGUUCUGCUAUUAUUUUAGAAAGAACUCCUCUGUUUCCAACUUAUCCAAGAUUAAUGACUCAAUAUGAAGUUGAUUCUGGAUUUGCAUUACCUUAUGCAUUAAUGGCAACUUUAGGUAAAGGAGCUGUUGGUGCUUUAUUAUUAAUUAUUUAUUUAGCUGUUACUUCAACUGUUAGUGCUCAAAUGGUUUCAGUUUCUACAAUUUUAUCAUUUGAUAUUUAUAAGAAAUAUAUUAAUCCAAAAGCUCAAAAUAAAUCAAUGAUUAGAGUUUCACAUAUUGGUUGUGUUAUUUUCACUUUAGGAGCAGCUGGAUUUUCAAUUAUGUUACAUUAUGUUGGUGUUAAUAUGACUUGGUAUGGUUAUUUCUAUCCAUUAAUUAUUUGUACUGGUGUUAUUCCAUUAAUUUUAUCAAUUACUUGGAGUGGACAAACUGUCUAUGCUGCAUUUAUUUCACCAAUUUUAGGUAUAAUAUUUGGUUUUACAGUUUGGACAACUACUGCUUAUAAAUUUUAUGGUGCUGUUAAUAUUACAACUUUAGGAGGUCAAUUACCUGCAUUAUAUGGUGCAUUAACUUCAUUAUUUUUACCAGGUGUUGCAAGUAUAAUUAUUUCAUUAGUAUUUCCAAAGAAAUUUGAUUGGGCUGUUUUACAAAAAGCUCAUUUAUUAAUUAAACCAGAUAGUAAAUCAACAUCAUCAUCAUCAUCAUCAUCAGAUAAUAAUUCAACUCAAGAAGAACUUGAAACAAAAGAAAAAAAUGAAGAUGUUGAUGUUAAUAUUGAUUCUGAUCAAUCAUCAAGUAGUUUAGAAGCUCAAGAAGUAUUUGCAGAAAAAGAUCAGUUAACUCCAAAACAAUUAGAUUUUUGGAUUAAAAUAUCUACUGGUGCUUCAUUAUUUAUAUUAAUUAUUAUGUGGGUAUUAUGGCCAUUACCUUUAUAUCGUGAUUGGAUUUUUACAAGAUCUUAUUUUAAAGGAUAUGUUACAGUUGGUUUAAUUUGGUUAUAUGUUACUUUAUUUGUUAUUGGUUUUGCUCCAUUAGUUUCAGGUAGAAAAACAAUAGCAUUUAUUGCUAAAAGUACAUAUAAUGAAUUUAUAAGAAGAAAAAAAUAA